AUGCGGCCCCCUCUCUCGGCCUGCCAUCCCCGCCUUCGCACCACGCGCCGCGUACUGCUGGCUAACGUCGGCUUACUCGCCUUGCUCUCGCUCGCCGCGCUAGCCACCGCAGAGGACUACGAGAUUUCUCUCACUGACAUAGCCGCCAUUCACGAGGCCAACCUGCGCCACAGGGCCGUUAGGAGUCACCUCAGCGGAAAGCUAGGCCGCCACUCGAUUCCCGACGUCGUUUCGAUUCAGCAGGUCGGUGGCGCCACCGGAGGCGGCGGAAACGGAGCGGGGAGCGGUGGAAAUGCAUCGAAAGCGGUGCUGGUCGGCAAGGCGAACGGCAACUUCGCGUACACGUUCAACCCCGGCGUGAACUACGCGGCGUGGAGCGCGCUGCAAUCCGUGUACCCCGGAGACAGCCUCGUGUUCAAGUACCCGUUCGGCUCCGACGAGAUCUACCGCUUCGCCACGCAGGCGGACUACGAAGCGUGCAACUACGCCGGCGCGAACCGCCUGUGCCGCGAUGGCGAGGGCGUGCGCGGAUGCCGCGUGGGGGCGGAGCUAGGCACCAUGUUCUUCGCGUCGGGCAUGCUGGGCCGCUGCCAGCGCAUGCAUAAGGUGACCGUUCGCGUGAAGCCGCGGCCGUACGUGCCGCGGCGCGUGGUGGUGGGCAGGCCGACGGCGGCGUUCAAGUGGCCGUGGAACCCCGCCGUGGACUACGGCGCGUGGGCGCGCGACAACAAGGUCUACGUCGGCGACGUGCUCGGUGCGUUGCCGCCCACCGCCACCGCUGUGCUGCGGCCGGCGUGA